AUCCGAAUCCGAAAUCCGAAAAGUUCACUUCGAAGUUCGAAGUGUGCUGAUAAUUUUUACCGAUUAAUUAAUUGUAUCAAUUAGAUUGUAUUUAGGUAUUGUAAUUAUUUUCGUGUAUAAAAAAUAAUCUACCGUGAAAAAAUCAUCUAGUUCGUAGUGAUCAGUGAACUAGAAAAAUGUCGAACUUCGCGAGUGCGUUAUCUGUUGCUGGUACUCGUACUUCUGGUACACCUACCAGGACUCAAAAUGUUAUGGCAGCUAGUGCGAUCGCCAACAUCGUAAAAAGUUCUCUCGGUCCGGUUGGUUUGGAUAAAAUGCUCGUCGAUGAUAUCGGAGAUGUUACUGUAACUAACGAUGGUGCUACAAUUUUGAAAUUACUCGAAGUAGAACAUCCAGCAGCCAGAGUACUCGUUGAUUUAGCUCAGUUACAAGAUGCCGAAGUGGGAGAUGGAACUACCUCUGUUGUAAUUAAUGCGGCGGAAUUAUUAAAAAAUGCCGACGAAUUAGUUAAACAGAAAAUCCAUCCUACGAGCAUCAUCGCUGGUUAUAAAUUAGCUUGCAAGGAAGCUUGUAAAUACAUCCAAACCAAUCUAACUGCCAGUGUCGAAGAAUUGGGCAAAGAAUGCAUUGUAAAUGCUGCUAAAACUUCCAUCUCCAGUAAACUCAUCGGAUCAGACGAUGACUUUUUCGCCAAUAUGGUAGUAGAUGCCGCGAUGGCUGUUCGAAUAAAUGAUGGAAAAGGUGGUCACCUAUAUCCCAUUAAAGCUGUGAAUGUUCUCAAAGCUCACGGUAAAAGCGCCAGGGAAAGUAUUCUGGUUGCAGGGUAUGCUUUAAAUUGUACCGUAGCUUCUCAAGCUAUGCCCAAGAAAAUCACCAACGCUAAAAUCGCUUGUUUGGAUUUCUCGCUGCAAAAGUCGAAAUUGAAACUGGGCGUUCAAGUGUUGAUAACCGAUCCAGAAAAAUUAGAUGGCAUCAGACAGCGCGAAUCCGACAUCACGAAAGAAAAAGUACUGAAAAUUUUAGCAGCUGGAACCAAUGUCGUAUUAGUCACCGGUGGAAUCGAUGAUUUAUGUUUGAAAUAUUUCGUCGAAGCUGGAGCUAUGGCUGUCCGUCGUGUCAAGAAAGCCGAUUUAAAACGAAUUGCCAAGGCUACCGGAGCUACUUAUUUGACGUCUUUGACCAAUAUGGAAGGCGAAGACCAUUUCGAUGCCAGUGCCUUAGGAGAAGCCGCCGAAGUCGUACAAGAAUUCAUUUGCGACGACGAAUUAAUUUUCAUUAAGGGACCAAAACAAAGAAGCGCCGCCUCAAUUAUCCUUCGCGGACCCAACGAUUUUUACUGCGAUGAAAUGGAACGUUCUGUUCACGAUGCCUUAUGCGUUGUAAAGAGAGUACUCGAAUCGAAAUCAUUGGUUGCCGGUGGCGGAGCUGUCGAAGCCGCUCUUUCUAUUUAUUUAGAAAAUUUCGCUACAACUUUGAGCUCCCGAGAACAAUUGGCCAUCGCGGAAUACGCUCGAUCUCUGUUAGUGAUACCAAAAACACUGGCUGUGAACGCUGCGCAAGACGCGACCGAUUUAGUAGCUAAAUUACGCGCUUUCCAUAAUUCCAGCCAAACUAAAAAGGAACUCGCUAAUUUGAAAUGGUACGGCUUAGAUCUACACGAAGGUAAAGUACGCGAUAAUCGACAAGCCGGUAUUCUAGAACCGGCAAUAUCGAAAAUCAAAUCGUUAAAAUUCGCCACCGAAGCGGCCAUCACCAUUUUACGUAUUGAUGACAUGAUCCGUCUACAAGCCGAAGCGAAAGAAGACAGAUAUAGGAAUUACGAAGACGAUUACUGAUGUUAAAAAAAUUCAUCGUUUUCACUUCCCUUUCUUUUUGUAUUCCUAACGAUUGUUUUAUGUACGAUUUGUAUUUGUAACAUUUUUACGCAACCACUAAAGUACGAGUAUUUAUAGGUAAACGAAAUUUUUAAUCGUGUAUUUAUAUAAUUUUUUUUCUCGAGCGAAAUUCAACUACUCCGUUAUCUAGUUUAACUUGCGUACAAUUUUGAUAUUGCCGAGUCGAGUGUCCCGAAUUUUUCCAUUUCAUUUUUUGCCCUGUUUCUACAAAUGUGUAAAUUAUUCGAUUAUUAUGGUCUGUUGUACGGACUUUUUUUUCGUAAUAUCGUUUUUUUUUUUACAACGUUCAAUAUAACAUUGUUCCAGCUUA